GGGUCACUGCCCCACCCAGAUGUCACAGAUGGUGACAGAAUCCUCAUUUCUGGCCACAUCAACCCAACACAGCUCCUCACUGCCUUGUCUCCCCACAGAUGUGUCUCCCGUGGUGGCAGGACUCAUUGGAGCCACUGUCCUGGUGGUUUCUGUCUCAGUCACAGUCUUUGUGUGGACAUGCUGUCACCAGCAAGCAGAAAAGAAGCACAAAACCCCCCCGUACAAAUUCAUUCACAUGCUGAAAGGCAUCAGCAUCUACCCGGAGACCUUGAGCAACAAGAAGAAAAUCAACCGGAUCCGGAGAGACAAGAACGGCACGGCCAGGGAGGGGGGCAGGGGGAACCUGCUGCUGGAUGCUGCUGAAGCUGGGCUGGGGGGCCCCGACAAGGCUCUGGAUGGACCCCCCCACGUGGAGCAGCUCCCCAUCAAAGCAGAUUAUGGAGAUGAACUGAGCCCAGAUCAGAGCCUGACUCCAGGAGGGAGUAAAACCUCCUCUCCUUCUUCCCCGGGUGAUGACGUCAUGCUGGGCGACCUGACUUUCUCGGUGGACUACAACUUCCCCAAAAAGGCUCUGGUGGUCACCAUCCAGGAAGCCCACGGGCUGCCCGUGAUGGACGAGCACAGCCAGAGCUCCGACCCUUACAUCAAGAUGACAAUUCUGCCCGACAAGAGGCACCGAGUCAAGACCCGCGUGCUCCGCAAAACCCUGGAGCCGGUGUUCGACGAGACCUUCACGUUUUACGGCAUCCCCUACAGCCAGCUGCAGGACCUGGUGCUGCAUUUCCUCGUGCUCAGCUUCGACCGCUUCUCCCGCGACGAUGUCAUCGGCGAGGUGAUGGUGCCCCUGGCGGGGGUGGAUCCCAGCACCGGCAAGGUCCAGCUCACCCGGGAGAUCCUCAAAAGGAACAUCCAAAAAUGCAUCAGCAGAGGGGAGCUGCAGGUGUCCCUGUCCUACCAGCCCGUGGCACAGAGGAUGACUGUGGUGGUGCUGAAGGCCAGGCACUUGCCAAAGAUGGACAUCACUGGCCUCUCAGGUAACCCCUACGUCAAGGUGAACGUUUACUACGGCCGCAAACGCAUCGCUAAGAAGAAAACCCACGUCAAGAAGUGCACUUUGAACCCCAUCUUCAACGAGUCCUUCAUCUACGACAUCCCCGCCGAUUUGCUGCCCGACAUCAGCAUCGAGUUCCUGGUGAUCGACUUCGACCGCACCACCAAGAACGAGGUGGUGGGGAGGCUGAUCCUGGGCGCUCACAGCGGCAGCGCCGCCGGCGCCGAGCACUGGCGCCAGGUGUGCGACAGCCCCAGCAAAGGCGUGGCCAAAUGGCACAGCCUGAGCGAGUACUGAGCUCGGCCCAACCCCCCCCCCCUUUAGGACAGACUUCAAACCUUGUUUUAGCUGUAGGACUAAAGUACUUUGCGUUGAGAAGCAGCAGCUGAUCGGUUCUCUCUUAGUGAUGUGGUUUUUUUUUUUUCGCAGGGCACUAAAACGAAA